UCUAAAUUAAAUUCGGUGCCUCUCUGUCGUAGCCGGCUCUCUCACUUCUUCACUUUGCACUUUGGGAAGAGAAACUCUCACAGCAUGUAUCAUACAGUGCCCUAUACGAUCGAGUCUCCGGGCUAUCUCAAGGUGGCAGGCGAGAGUCUUCCUCGUCGUCAUCCUCGAGCCAAACAUGGCCUCCUACGAUAUCCCUCCGCAGGAGUGCUAACUGUCUUCGAUAUCGUGCGCCGUAGCGCUAAAUUGUACCCUGAUAACAAGGCUGUCGGUAGCCGAAGACUCAUCAAGAUGCACCGCGAGUUCAAGAUAAUACAAGACAAAGAAAAAGAAUGGAUAUACUAUGAAUUGGGCCCUUACAAUUACUUGAGCUAUUCACAAUACGAACUGCUCGCCAUCCAGAUCGGCUCUGGUCUGCGCAAGUUGGGCCUCUCUAGCAGUAACAAGGUAUAUUUAUUUGGUACGACUAGGUAUGUCUUCCCUCCAUGCAAAGACCCCUGAGGACUUUGACUCGGCAAUUGUCUGAUGUUAUCUAUUUAAUGUGGGCAGCGCAAAUUGGAUAUCCAUGUCACACGGAUGUGCCUCCCAAGGAAUUCCCAUCGUCACAGGUUACGACACGCUUAGUGCAACGGACAUUCAACAUUCUUUGUCGCAAACUCACGCUGAGGUGAUAUAUCUUGACCCACAUCUUCUGGGUACUGCAAGCAUUGCACUCGAAAACUCCCAAGUAAAAACCGUUAUUAUCAAUACAGGUUCCAUAUUUUCCGGGGGUUACGAUAUUGAUCAGUUCAGGAACGAGCACCCGCAAUUCAACGUAAUCACGUAUGAGGAACUUAUCCAGCUUGGAAGACACAAUCUGAAGGAACCGAUCCCCGUCAAGUCAUCUGAUCUCUUUUGUAUCAUGUAUACCUCUGGCUCUACAGGGCUUCCAAACGGUUGCUGCAUCACCCACGAAAACUUUCUUGCAGGCAUCACUGGACUAUUAGGUGGUAUAGAUGACUUCGUUAGCGACCAAGAACGUGUUCUUGCAUAUUUGCCUUUGGCCCAUAUCUUCGAGAUGGCACUUGAAAAUCUGGUCAUGUAUAUCGGCGGCACACUCGGUUAUGGUAACCCCAAGACCCUUACUGAUGCCUCUCUCCGAGAAUGUAAUGGAGACAUGGUUGAGUUCAAGCCUACUAUAAUGGUUGGAGUCCCGCAGAUUUGGGAGACCAUCAGGAAAGCUGUCCUCUCCAAGCUUAACUGCUCCGGUUUUGUUGCCAAAACGGUGUUCUGGACUGCGAUGAGCUUCAAGUCCUUUGCCGUGAGGUAUAGUCUACCUGGCAAAGGUGUAUUCGAUGAUUUGGUAUUCGGCAGAGUUCGGCAAAUGACAGGUGGACGACUGCGGUAUAUCCUCAACGGCAGCAGCGGCAUCGCAGAUAGCACCAAGGAGUUCCUCUCACUAAUAGUGGCAGAGAUGCUUACAGGAUAUGGGCUCACCGAGACAUGUGCCAAUGGUGCAUUGAGCUCUCCUUUUGAGCAAACAACUAGCGCAAUCGGUUCCACUUCACCUGCUAUAGAUGUGAAGCUCGUCUCUAUUCCCGAGCUGGGGUAUUUCACAGAUGCGGACGCUGGCCCUUGUCAAGGCGAGAUCUUGGUACGCGGACCAGCAGUCUUCAAGGGAUAUUUCAACAAUCCUCAAGGGACUGAAAAGGCCUUUGCCCCGGGAGGAUGGUUUAAAACAGGCGACAUUGGCGAGUUUGAUGAUCGUGGUCAUCUCAAGAUUAUUGACCGUAUCAAGAGCCUUGUCAAAAUGCAAGGUGGCGAGUAUAUCGCCCUGGAAAAGCUUGAAUCCAUCUACAGGACAUCUCAAGCCAUUCUUCAAGUCAUGGUACAUGCAGAUUUCGAAUAUACAAGGCCAAUUGUCAUCAUCAUGCCAAACACAAAAUUCCUGCAGGACAAGUCCCGGGAGCUUGGCUUUAGUGAUGAUGAUAGUACCUUGAGCAGCGAAAGAAUGUCAGCAUAUGUCCUCGACGAUCUCCAGGAUAUAGCCAGGCGGUCCGGCUUAUCCAAGAUUGAAACAGUAACCGGAGUUGUUAUAACGGAUAUUGAAUGGACCCCACAGAGUGGACUAGUCACUCCGACGAUGAAGCUUAACCGGAGGUUCAUCUUGAACUACUUUAGAGAUGAAGUGGAAAAGUGUAUGCAAAGCAUUGGAUGAAUUAACGGGUUCGGUUGAGAGGGUGGUAUAGAGAUCUUCAGGAUGAGGUUCAGAUGAUAAUGAGUGCGUCAGUCGUCGUCAUCAACACCAUCAUUAUAACAGAAAGAAAAUCAAUCUCAGAACAUCAAACUUGCCAUUACCAGCGCUAUACAACGGCUAUUGGCC